GUGAACCGGGCUGUGGUGUUAUCCGUCCUGUCCGUUUCCUUUCAGUUUUUUGUUUUUGACAGUUAUUUUAGUAGCGACUCGUCUGUUCGCUUCCUCCGGACCGAGUUAACCCCACAGAGACAAACACCAAGAUGGAGAUAGAGAAGGAAGUAAAGAAGAUGACCCUCGGGCACGAGUUUGGCGCCGGAGCCGCCUGUUUGAAAUGCAAAGACAAGUGUGAAGGCUUCGAGCUUCACUUCUGGAGAAAAAUCUGCCGAAACUGUAAAUGUGGCCUGACGGAGCACAACGUGCAGAUGAACUCUGAGGAGAACAAGAAGGUGGGGAAGCUGUUCGAGGACACCAAGUACACCGGGCUCAUCGCCAAGCUGAAGAAGGACGGCGUGCCCAGCUACAAGGGCAACAUGGUGACCAUCACUCUGCCCAGCACCGGGACCGCCUACAUGGUCCCGCCCAGCGCCUCCGCCACCGUGGUGCCCCCCCCCUCUGCUACAGCCGGCUCCGUGCAGCCUGCUGGAGCCGCUGCAGGAACAGCAGCCGGCGGCACUCGGGGUCAGACUUGGGCCCCGGGUCAGGGUCCGGGUCCGGGUCGGGGUCAGGCCGCAGGUCAGGGUCUAGCCCCGGGUCAGGGUCCGGGUCAAGCCCCGGGUCGGGGUCAGGCCGCAGGACAGGCUGCAGGACAGGGUGUAGGUCAGGGUCUGGGCCCGGGUCAGGGUCUGGGUCAGACCCCGGGUCUAGCCCCGAGUCAGGCUCAUGUUCGGCCCGUACCAAUCAGCAUCUCGGCUAUCAAGGCGAACAAAGUGCCGGUUGCUGUCGGCACGGCGUCAGCCAACACGGUUCCAGUCCCCAAAGACGUGCCGAUGAUGUCCGUCACCUACGAGUGGGCUCCACCUGUAGCCAACAAGUACAUUGCGGCGCGUUACAUCGAGCUGCUCCCGCCUGAGAAGCGUCCAGUGGCCGGUUCGGAGGGAGCAGCUUACCGCAGGCAGCAGAUGGCCCGCCAGCUGCCCGAGCACGACCAGGACCCGUCCAUGUGCCACGAGUUGAGCCCCGCCGAGGUCAAGAAGAUGCAGCAGUUCGUCCGCAAGUACAAGGACGAGGCCCUGGGGGUCGCAGACGUCAUGCUGCCGGAGGAGAUCGCUCUACCUGGUGCUGGAGGGGUACCUGGGGCUGGAGGGGUACCUGGGGCUGGAGGGGUACCUGGGGCUGGAGGGGCAGGGUUUGGACCGGGAGCUGGAGCUGGUUUUGGGCCUGGAGCUGGUACUGGAGCUGGUUUUGGGCCUGGAGCUGGUGCUGGGGCUGGUUUUGGGCCUGGUGCUGGUGCUGGAGCUGGUUUUGGGCCUGGUGCUGGAGCUGGUUUUGGGCCUGGAGCUGGUUCUGGAGCUGGUUUUAGGCCUGGAGCUGGUGCUGGAGGUGGUUUUGGGCCUGGAGCUGCUGGUUUUGGGCCUGGAGCUGGUGCUGGUUUUGGGCCUGGUGCUGGAGCUGGUGCUGGAGCUGGUUUUGGGCCUGGAGCUGGAGCUGGAGCUGGCUUUGGGCCUGGAGCUGGAGGAGCCCUGGGUACCACCGCCACAGCCGGAGCUAUGGGCGUCCCUGGAGCUCAGCAGGCUGGACUUCCACAAAAGGCCUAUUCAUGCAAUCACUGCCAGCAGCCGAUGAAUACGGGCGAGCCGGCGGUCUAUGCAGAACGUGCCGGCUACGAUAAGAUGUGGCACCCGGCGUGCUUCGUGUGUUGCACCUGCAAAGAGCUGCUGGUGGACAUGAUCUACUUCUGGAAGAAAGGGAAGCUGUACUGCGGACGCCACUAUGGAGACAGCGAGAAGCCGCGCUGUGGAGGCUGUGAUGAGCUGAUCUUCUGUAACGAGUACACUCAGGCUGAGGGACAGAACUGGCAUCUGAAGCAUUUCUGCUGCUUCGAGUGCGACUGCAUCCUCGCCGGAGAGACGUACGUGAUGGAGAACGACAAGCCGGUCUGCCAGCCGUGCUACAUGAAGAGCUACGCUGUGAAAUGCGCCUCCUGCCAGGCGCCGGUGGAGCCCGAGGCCCAGCGGGUCUCCUACGGCGACCACCACUGGCACGCCGACCCGCAGUGCUUCAAGUGCUCCGGCUGCUCCAAGUGCCUGAUCGGCCAGCGCUUCAUGGCGGUGCAGGCCCACCUCGUCUGCUCCGUGGAGUGCAAGAAGAAAAUCGCGGCGUAGACGGCCAAAACGACUCUCCUCCAUCUUCUCCACGACCACACGUGAAACCAGGCUGGCUUCGGCUAGGACUAAAAACCAGAGCAGGGAAAACAAACAGUGGUGCACUCGGGAAGAGAUGGAUUGUGGUUGUGUUGACACAGAAUCGAGUGCCUGGUACUUCUCAUAUAGAGAUGUAUAACAAUAGUGAAUCCAUUUGCCUUUUGGGUGCUCUUUUCUUUCUGAUAAAUCCGUCUCAACUAGACAGAAACUUCUAUAUUCCAGUUUAUUGUCUGCCUUAAAAUCAGUCGUCUGCUUUAUUGUUGCUUUUUCUUACACUGUUUUUUUUACUGAUGAGAUUAAUUUUGUACUGGUCCGACGUGACAAUCCAGUUUUUUUUUUGUUAAACCUGUGUCUUUAAUGGUAUCAGUGCCAUGCUACUCCUAUAGAGCCUACUGUUGAUUUAAUGUGUCAUCUUUAAUGCUUCCUUGACAGAAAACAACUACUGAUGCUCCAUUCUAUGCAGCAAUAUGACGAGUAAUAAUUGCCAGGUUUUGGGGUUGCUUUGCUUCCAGUGCACUGUAUUCCAAAAAUAAUCUAUAAUGAUUAUUAGAAACUAAACUUCCUGAAUUUCCGAGAGAUUUGGAAGUAAAUUGCCCCAACUUUGUUAACAGUAUAUUUGGCUACAAGUUGCCACCUACUGUUGUUGUUUUAUUGCACAUCAUCCAAUGAGUGUAUAGCAGUAUUUUCAUAGUAUUUAAGGGAACAAAACAAUGUGAAAACUUUCCAGAAAACACCACAAGUUGCCAGUAUUUAAGGUACACCUGCCCUGUUAUUUGGUAUACAGAACAAUGCCACCUUUUGUGUAUGUUAAUGUGUAUAAACAAAGUGCACAAAGAUAUGGAUUUUUGUAAGAAUGUUGGAUUGCAUUAGCUUUGUUUUAAUGAGCUGGUUGCACUGUGUAAUGUAUUUAAUCCAAAAAUACUGCAAACAAUAUCCUGAAGAAAUGCUGUAGAAUUUACUUGACAUUCACAAAUAUUCAGCUUCUGUAUUAUGUGAUUGUAAAGGUGUCCAUAAAGUGGCUUCUAGUCUUGGGUCCAAGUAAAAUGUAAAGCAAUGAAAUAAAUAAGCAAGUAUUACAAACCAAAUAAAAAUAUACAUCUUUUUGUAUAAAUAAAAUGGGAAAAAAACUGAACAAAACAGUCACUGAGUGCAGAAAAUAUGUAAUGUAUUGCUAAGGAAUUGGCAAAGAAGUUAACAGAGUUUUCAUCCAAGUCUACUUCGUCAUCCACUUAAGUUGUUAUAUGGGAAUAAUGACAUGGUACCCAAUGACUCAAUGAAUUCAGGAAAACACUGAAAAUUGUUACACUUAAAACCAUUUUGUGCCACUCCAGUUUCUGUGCAUUGUACUUUCCUUUUAAUGCAAUAAACUGCACUUUAAAUUCU